CAUACCCACAGAGCGACGCACACACAUUCAUGGCUUCCCAGAACCUAAAACAUCGUACUACUACUACCGGAGAGGACGCCAGCAUCAGCACCGGCACCGGCACCGGCACCGGCACGUCCAACAAGAGCAAACGAGAGAGAAACAUGGGCACGGCCAAACGUGGCCUAAGGUCGCUGGCCGUGGCGGUUUCGGUGCCGCUUUCUCUGACCCUCGCAAGCAUUUACCUCGGCUCAAGCCAUAGCCAUGGCAGUUUACCAAAGCCCUUCUGGUUCUUACCUCUCUGGGCACUACACGUGCUAUGCAUGGCUUCGAGUUUCUUGAUGGGUCUGUCGGCUUGGCUUGUCUGGGCUGAAGGUGGCUUCCAUAGGAACCCAACGGCGCUGUCUCUUUACUUGGCGCAGCUCGGCUUGAGCUUCGUUUGGAAUCCGAUUGUUCUUGGGGCCGGAGCCACUCGGGUCGGGCUGGUGGUGUGUUUGGCAAUGUUUGGUGCUCUGACUAGGUGUUAUUGGAUCUUUAAGGAGGUCAACCCGAUUGCUGCUGAUCUGACUAAGCCCUGUUUGGCAUGGGCAGCGUUUUUGUCCAUUGUAAAUCUUAAGCUUCUUUUUGUUUGAAAGUUCACCACCCUUCUUUUUUUUUUUUUUCUU